UGGUAACACUGUACUGUGGAGCAACUCUGUAAAGUGCGGAGCAACUCUAUUUAGCAAACAAAAAUAAAAAAAGUCUAAUGCGGCGCCUGUUACAAAAUAGCAAUGGGCAAUUUUAUAUGUCCCAACUUAUUACGCGACAUGUGAGUAACAGUGGCGCUGGCGCCGCCAUCCACAAGCCAAAGAAUGAUCAACGAAAUCAGCAACUGCCCAAAACAACAACAAAAAACGAUGUGAGCAAAGAAGAUAAAUAUUGUUCUAAAUAUUGCAUGGGCCUGGUGGAAAAAUAUGACUAUGAAAACUAUCUGAGCACUCUGCUGCUGCCUGAGGAGUUGCGACCUGCUGCAUUUGCUCUGCGCGCCUUCAAUGUGGAAGUCUCCCGCUCAGUUGGUGCCCAGAUUAGUGAGCCUCAAAUAUCCAAGUUGCGGCUCAAAUUUUGGUACGACUCAAUUGACAAGUGCUUUGAGCCAGAGGGCAGUAAAUCAUAUGUGAAAGAUCAACCGGUGCUCCGGGAAUUGAAGCGAACUAUUGGCGCACGCCGGAUAAAUAAGAUAUAUCUACGUCGAUUGGUUACCGCACGUGAACGUGCUUCCAAUCAAGCGUUUGAAACGCUUCGUGAACUGGAGGAUUAUGCGGACCAGACAUGCUCAUCAUUGCUCCAUCUGUUGGUGGAGCUGAGCGGUGUAAAGGAUCUGCAGGUGGAUCAUGCCGCAUCACACCUAGGCAAGGCACAGGGUAUCGCAAUGUUACUGCGUGCCAUACCACACGCUGGACGCCAACAAGCAGUGUGUAUACCCCUCGAGGUCCUGGUCAAGCAUGGCGUCAGCCAGGAGCGCAUUUUGCGAAGCGAUCGCACGGACAAGGGGGUUGAAGAGUGCAUCUUUGAGGUGGCCAGUGUGGCCAACUCGCAUUUGAAGCUAACGCGACAAAUGCUGCCCCAAGUACCGCGAUUAGUACGAAAGAUCUUUCUGCCCGCCGUUGCAACGGAAGGUUACUUGGAGCGCUUACGGCGCUCGCACUUUCUGCUAACACACCCAAGUUGCAUGAAACGGGACACCAUUUUGCCGGUGCGUCUCUUCUGGAAGACACUGUUCAACAAAUAUUAAGGAUUUAGUUUGAAUUGAAUAAAUUUUUAAUUAUUAAACGCAAUUACAUAACUACAUAACGUUGUAUAAUGUUUUCCAAUACUGUUGUUAAAAAGGAUCGAUAAAAGCUUCGAUACCCAGCACUAAGUCUAGUUCUAUGUAUCGAUACUUUGUAGUUGCUGCUAUUGCUUAAAAGUAGCGCGGUGCCUAUUUUUUUUUUAGUUUUUAGUGUUUAAACCGAAUAAAACAUAUAAGAUGUGCCACAAUUUUUAAAUAAAUGUUUCAAUGAAUAUUAAUGUGCCCAUUGUGUGUUAUAUCAAUAUUUGCAAACGGAGCCGUGCGCUAAGCGCACUUCGAAUUUAAGCACCGUUUUGUUGAGUGAGCCGAUAUUAUUAAAAUUGUAUCAGCAUUUUAUGAAAUAACGGAAUUUACGUGUCCCUCUUUUUCGCUCACACUGCAUUUGCAGCCCUAUGCUGGUCGUUGGCAGAACAACAAGGAAGAACAUACACAGAGAAGAAAUACGGUUAUUUGUAUACAGUAGUGGC